AUGUCGAACUGCUUGGAAAAGUGGAAAAUAUUUGAUUCGCUGAGUAAACAGGUGAAGCUGAGUCUCCGUCUGGCAGUUGUUUUCCGACGUCACGAAGGCGUCAAUGCAAUUUUCGUGACAACUGACGGCGAGGUUUUCAGCCUGGUAAAUAAUUCAAAGCCUGAAAAAAUCGAAAUACUGUGCGAACAAAAAAUAGAAGGCUUUGAAUACAGUCCGCGGCAAGAUCCUUCGAUCUACGCGAUUUCCGAUUCUGCUGGCACAGUUUUCGCGUGGGGAGCAAACGAGUAUGGGCAGCUUGGACUGGGAACGAAUCAAGGAACGAACGUACCGACCAAAAUAUCGGGAAAUCUGGACGAGAAAAGAGUUGUCCAAGUUUCCUGCGGCCUCUUUCAUACCCUGGCUCUCACAUCGGACGGACAGAAAUUCCUGACGGUAUUUUCUUUCGGCUCCAAUUAUUUCGGUGAGCUGGGCUUGGGACACCACGAGGACAAAAGUCUUCCAACAAAAGUGGAAGGGCCUCUGUCCGGAAAGGUUGUGACCGCCAUCGCAUGCGAAGGUUACGCGUCUCUUGCAGCCCUCAGUACAGGAGAAGUGUUCGCCUGGGGUUUCAACAAACACAACAUUUUGGUCCUGACGAGCAAUGACGCAGAGAGCCAGGACAUCCCGAGCAGGGUUGCUGGCCUGGAAGGAGUCCCGAUUUCCAGGAUUGAAUUCGGCAGUUACCACGCCCUUGCUCUCUCCACAGACGGAAAAAUUUACGCCUGGGGAGACAGCAAAUUCGGCCAGGUGGGAAACGGAAGUACCGAUCCCGUGACCGUCGCAACUCUUGUUUCAUCACCUUUGGAAAGGGUGGAAGACAUCGCCGCCUCUGGGUCGUCUGAUGAGCACUCCCCCUGUGUCGCUUUGACUGAGUCGAAUCAAGUUUACAUGUGGGGUCGAUGCUACGGGCAAAACAUUUUGCGGCCAACAAUCACUUCAUAUUCAUCCCUGGACGAGGUUUUCGCAACUGUAGUCCAUCCAGCAACCACUGUCCGACCUUUGAGACCGAAAGAGAUGUCCAGAAAGAUCAACAAUGAAUCUUUAAAUGAAUGCCUAAAACGGUUGUUCAACGACUCAGAAACUGCUGAUUUUGUUUUUCUGGUUGAAGGAAAGAAAAUCCACGUGCACAAGUUGAUUUUAAAAAUGCGAUGUGCCGUCUUCAAGACAAUGAUCCAGGGCGAUUGGAAAGAGAGUCGGGCCAGUGAGAAAACAAUUGACCGGAAUAGCUUCAAAGCUUUCUACGCCUUCUUGAAAUAUUUCUACACCGACGAACUUGAAAUACAGCCUGACACGGCUCUCGAGUUGCUUGAUUUGGCCCACUUCUACCAAAUGAAUGACCUUCAAAAGAAGAUCGAGGCUUUGAUCAAAACGGGUCUGACCGUGGAAAACGCAGCUCUAGUUUACGACAAAGCUAUUUUAUUUGGCACCAAGGAUCUUGAAGCUUACACUUUCAAAUUCUGCCUGGAAAAUUUGACCGCUGUAGUGAAAAGCGCCCACUACAACAAUUUAAGCGAACAAGUCAGCAAAGAUUUCAUCCGUCGUGUUGCAGAACAGGGAGGCUUCAAGAAAUGAAUUUGCCAUAGUUUGGAAUUUAUGCGU